AUGCCUUCAGCAUAUAGUGAAGACUUAAAAUGGCGUAUAGUAUUUCUUCGGCAUAGCGGUUAUUCUAAAAGACAAAUUGCAGAAAUUCUUUAUGUCAGUAGAAGCUUAAUAUAUAAAGUAUUAUGGUUGUAUAAAAAAUGGGGAACAGUAGUUAAUCCUUGGAGACAAAUACCGGGAAGACAAAAUACUGAUUUGUAUCUUGAUGAAAUAGUUUGGAAGAUGGAAAUUCGAAGUAACAAACAUGUUUCUAUUUCUACUUUAUGGAGAUCGUUAGCAUAUUGUGGAAUAACAC